AGUCUUUGCAAACAACAAGCUGGAAAAUUGUGCGGAAAAUCCGUGAAAUCGUGCAGAUCAAAGCAAGGCGUGGGCCCAUUUUUACGGUCCGAAAUACGUUGCAUCCGCGGGUCGUCCAGCCAAAGCAAAGCACGGAGUGCAGCAGAAUUUUCCCAACUCGGAGAAUGACCAGGAGAGCCUGAAAGCAAAAAUUUUCCAGCGCGCGCGGCGAUAUACGGCAGAAUAAGUAAAUAUAGCCAGCCAUGGUGGUCUCGAGUUGAAGUCGAGGAGAAACAGAACUAGUGCUAGAACCAUAAACUGCACCGUGGAAAACGAUAUGCGAUGAUGAAAAAUGGCAAAAUAAUAUUGUAAGUAGAAAGGAAAAAGUUCAACCGAGUGAGUGAACGCACCCUCGCUCGUUCGCUCGCUCCACUUCCUCCAGUUGCAAGGGUUCCAGAAUCGGCGGAGGAAAGUGUACCCCGGUGUACGUGUGAGUGUGGGUUUGUGCAUGUGCAGCCAGUGAUUGAAAGCUUCCUUUCGAAAGCGACCAACCGACCAACCAACCAUCCGACCGACCGGCAAAAGCAGCCCAAAGGAAAAAGUGUUCUUCAGUCAGUCCUAAGUGUUGCUGUGGUUGUUGUUGUUGGUGGUGGUGUUGUUGUUGUUGUUGUCAUUAUUAUUAUUAUUGUCGGUGGCUGCAUCAGUGUGGAAAAUCUAGAGAAAAUCGCUUUCAAAGACGACACCCCCGAACAAAAACUCCAUUCAUCAUAGUUUAGUAGAAACGGCGAUACACGAACUGUGUGUGUGGGGAGCGCCUUUUUUGCGCCGUGUGGCCAACUUUCUCCUGUGCUGAGAAGAAGGAGUGGAGGCGCGGUGGUGGUAAUACAGCGAAGAAAGAAUACAGCAAGUUCGGUACCCCGACAGGAAGCAGCAGUAGAAGUAACAAUAGCAGCAGUAGCAGCGGCAACAGCAACAGCGAGCAGUCAAGUCCGGAACGGCGGUGUCCGUGCGCAACAGGAGGGUUGUUGUUGUUAGUGGUGGUGGUGGUGGUGUGGUAGUGAAGAGGAGGCGACGGCGGUUCUGUUGCUGCCCGAGAGUGUCAGCAAGCAAAAGCCAGUCAACCGUAUUUGCACAGUGACGGCAACAGCAGAAGCUGCUUGUAUCAAAACUAUACACACCGACCGAGAGAGAGAGAGAAAGCAUCCAGACCGGGAGCAGGGAUUCGCGUACCAACCAACACACAUACACACGGCAGUGCAGGGCAACAUUUUCCAAAAGGCAUCAUUACGCAGGAUUAUCUCAUCAGCGGCGCGCAGACGAGCGACUGGGAAAACGUGAAACACACGCGCGCGGAGAAACACCGCAAAGACGACGAACGGUGAAAAUCACAGCUGCCGUAAAGCCGGCCGGCUUCAGUCUCGGACCAACCGACCGACCGACAGACCGACCAACCGAGAAAUCUAGUUUUGCACGUCAAGCAUAAUUUGCAUAAAUUGGCUGCCACCUGCAGCAGCCACCCACCCAACUAGCUAGGCUGCAGGCGGCGUCCCCCGCGGCGUAAUGAAACAGAUCAAUGUUUCCGUCGUCGGACUGUCCGGUGUCGAGAAGGACAAGGGUCAGCUGGGGGUGGGCAAGUCCUGCCUGUGCAAUCGGUUCGUCCGGCCGAAGACCGAUGACUACGCGAUCGAUCACAUUUCGGUACUGAGUCAGUCCGACUUCAGUGGCCGAGUCGUCAACAACGAUCACUUCCUCUACUGGGGCGAAGUGCGCAAAACCUCCGACGAGGGGGUCGAGUAUAAUUUCAGCGUCGUCGAGCAGACCGAAUUCGUCGACGAUGCCACAUUCCAGCCGUUCAAGGUGGGCAAAAUGGAACCGUACAGCAAACGCUGUUCGGCCAUCCGACUGAGCUCGCAGGAGAAACUAAAGUAUAUCUGUAAAAAUCAGCUCGGUAUCGAGCAUGAGUACGAGGAAGUGAUCCUUCCGGAGGGUCGUUUCCUAGUCGAUGGAUUCGUGUGCGUGUUCGACGUCAGCGUCGUUCCGAAUCGGACCGUCGAGAAGCAGAUCGAGUUCACCAAUCAGAUUGUAAACAACAUCCUAAAGAACAAAAAACCGAUCGUGCUGGUAACGACCAAAAACGACGACGCCAACGAGCUGUACAUCCGCGAGGUGGAGAAAUUCUGCAGCCGGAAGGAGUACAAGGGUCAGAUCGUGAUGGUGGAAACUUCGGCCCACGAGAGCAUUAACGUCGAUUUGGCUUUCAUCGUGCUGGCACAGAUGAUCGAUAAAGCGAAGCAGCGAUCGAAAAUCAUGAGCUAUACGGAGGCGGCCAAACAGCGAACCGAUCUGUUGAAUGCCAGCUCGGAGUUCGUGACCCGUCUGAUACGCACCCAAAUCACGGAUCACCGGUCGAUUUGGACCAGCUCGUCGAAAAAGCUAGCUAGCCACCGGGAAUGGAAUGAUUUUCUGGAGUUGUUCGGUCAGGAAGCUGGACAGCGAAUAUUCCGACGGCACAUUAAAAAGCUUCGUGAAGAUUAUCAGGCGAAGAAGCUUCAAAGCUACAUGGAAUCGUUCGCUUGCGUUCUGCAGGAGCUUUUGCCGGACAUGAACAGUAUUAAUCUGGAGUUGGAUACUUUCAACGAUUGGCAAUCGAUUCGGAACUACUUCCGGAAUCAUGUUGAGUUCGAGCAGUAUUUCUUCGACGCAGUCGAACGGGGUGGCAGCUGGGCGGAACUGAGCGAUAUGAGUGAUAUGGAAGAUGAAAACCGGAUACCGUUCGAUAUCCUGGAGACGACCGAAGCGGAAACGGUUUUCAAGAAUCACAUGAAUGCACUGCAGCAGGAGCAGAAGCGACUGGAAUGGAAGAAGCAGUUCAAGAAGCUACUGGAGGAAACCGGUUACGUAACGCCGGGCAAGCAACUGGCCGAGGUGCGUGUCCUGUUUAUGGGACGCGAAUGCUUCGAAGCCUUGUCGGAGCAUGAUUGUCAGCAGAUCUACGAUAACCACCAGCGGGAGCUGAUCGAGACGGCCAAGCACAACUUCCAGGAGCUACUAAUGGAGCAUGCAGAUUUGUUCUACCACUUUAAAAACAUUGAACCAUCGGGAACGAUCACGCAGAACGACGUGAAGGAGAUUACCGAUGUGCUGCAGGAGGAUUUGCGCUACAAGCUGCUCGAUCGGCUCGAUCAGGACCGGAAGCUGAUGCUGUUUCAGCAUCUCGGGUUCGUUCACUGUCCGAUCCGCGAGCACUGCCCGGCCUUUCCGAACUGCAUGGAUGCGCUGAUCGAACGGAUACUAAUUGCCAAUCAGAACCUACCGAACCCUCGUUUUGCCCAAAAGGAUGGUCAGCUGCAGCUGAAUUUGAUCGUAAUCGGCCUGGAUUACAUUGCCAAUGAUUUCAUCGACAAGGUACAUCAGCAUUGCAACGACAACGGCGAGUACAUCGUCGACGGACAGGUCUAUGGACUGAACAUAGAAACCAUCAACCGGGAGAACGAUUCCUUCUCGUUCGAUCUGGCCUCCAAGGGGCUGAUUUGUUGCUACUCGAAUAGGCAAACCUUCACCUACAUCUACGAAGUGCUCGAUCGUCUGCUGGUGGAUAAUCUGGACUUUAAGGAUAGUGUAAACAAUUUGCAUAUUGUGUUUAUGAGCGAUGAGAAGAACAGCGAAAGUACCCUACAGCAGCUGCAAGCUGACGGCCAAUCGUUGGCGGAACGCCUUCACUGUGUCUUCAUUGACGAAAAUGAAUUCUAUGCCUCCGGACAGGAGGCACGCUUUGUGGACACCACACUAAACAGUGUGAUUGAUUCGAUCCCCUUCGAGGAACUUAAAUACGGCAUGAAUCUAGUGGACAUGCCCGAUCUUAGAAUUAUCAUGUGCAUUUUUUGUGGCGAUCCAUUCUCGAUCGAAAAUCUGCUAAGUUCGAUGAUGAUCGAACAGUCCUGCAUCAGCGCUGGAGAACGCAACAUUAUUUUCGAAAUGUUUCUGGGUGACUCCAAGCGACGGGUGGAACUCAUUCUGUCCUCCUACCACGGAGCAAACGCCUUUCGAGAUGACCUCAUCCAUGGCUUCAUCCUGCUGUACUCGAGCAAACGAAAGGCUUCCCUAUCCACACUGAGCGCCUUUUCACUGAACAUUCCGAACCUACCAAUGCAGAUCGUUUCCGUCUCGGAGCAAGGUGGCGUCAACGCUUUCUUCAACAACGAAACCUCGCAGAUGCUAAUCACCGAGGGAAAUGCCAUAGCCGACAAGUUGCGUGCGCACUUCGCAACCGCUUCCGACGAUGAUAACCAGUUUAAGUUUGCCUCGUUUGCACCCUUCCUCAAGGAGGUCUGGGAUAAGAAGCCGGAAAUCGAACAAGCCUUCAACAUGGAGGAACCCCUCACGAUCGAUUCCGGCGAGGGAACCAUGGAACACUCAAUGCAUCACCACCACCAGCAGGCACCGCAGCCACCACCACGGUACGAGAGCUAUCUGAUCAAUGGUUCUUCGACAACCUACCGCAGUGGCAACCAACAUCCGCAUCCACAUCAACAGCAGAAGAUGCUGUUCGAUAAUCGUUCCAUCAACUCGUUGGACGAUUUAGAAAACCUAAAACAACAACAGCAGCAGUAUUCCAACAUGUACUACUACGAGGAUAGUAGCGAUUUCGAUAAGGGUGGAAGUAAUCAAGGAUUUCAGAUUUAUCCACCACCGACCACGCCACCAGAACCGGCUCCGCCCGAUCAUCUGCUGACACCGUCGUCCAUUCUACGCCAGCUGAAGGCGAACACGGUGUCACAGUCGCAAAGCAGUCUCGAGGAGAUUAACUCCGACGUCAGCGGAUCCAAGGACUCAAUCAACACCUACGACUCAGGUUGGCUGGAUGACGGCUUUCUCAUUCCGAAGCAGGAUAACAAACAGAACGAAGACAUCUGGAAACAGGUGAACGCUCACCAUGCGUUCACGACCGGUCGGAGACCGAACCAGACCUCGUUCGCGAAGAAAAUUCGCCCCAAGGGCCCGAGCCAAACGCUCAAGCAACCGGGCAAGCUGAACCUGAAGAGCUUCGCCAUCGUCAACGAAGCGAUCGCCCGGAUGAAUCUCGGCCAGUCCGACGGGCAGGCCCAGCUUGGGAUGGGCGGUGGCCAAGCGCCUCCACCGAUGACCGAGAAGGAGAAAAAGAAAGCCAAGAAACUGCUGCAGCAACAGCUGGAGAAUGCUCCGCUGGCAGCGCCCGAGGAUGACAGCGAAGAUUACGAGGACGAAGCGGGCUACGAGCAGAUUAACGAUGCAUUCAGCGAUGCCGUUAACAAUGUGGCGAGUCAAUUAUUUACCACCUUUUCCGGCGGGCAGCGGGUGGUCGUCAGCGCAGCCGAUGCUGCGCAGCGUGAGGCGAUGGAACUGGCCGGAAAGAACAAGCUCCGCCAGCGGCGGGAGAAGGAACAAAUUUUUAACAUUCCAGAGUAUUCGGAUUCGGAGAGUGAUUCCAGCUCGCUGGAACGCAAACGCUCGACGGACGGUUACUCGAAAAUCAAUCGUAAACCACAGACACACAAGCGGCACCGUAAGAAGCGUACCGCCAUUCCGGUGCAACCGCCGAAGAUUCCUUUGGGUCCGUUCGGUGGUGGACUCGGUUCCACUGGGGCAGGUGAUGGUGGCGGCGGCGGCGGUGGUGGACCACCGAUGAUGGUAAGCCUGCCGGGCGUUGGUGGUGGUCCGCUCGGAUCCGCUCUCGGCAUGCCGAUGAUGUAUCAGAAGCUCAAGAAUGAAAAGAACAUCGGAAUGGAUCGGCAGGAGGAUGAAUCGAGUAUCGAUGUUUCCUCGCCGAGGGAUAACAAUUCGCCGAUUUUUGGCGUCCUGCCUAAGAUGGGUGACCGGGAAAAGUUGAUCACCAAGCAGAAGAACUGGUUCGGCAAGGAGAUCGACAGCAGCAAGAGCAGCUCCAAAGACUCGAAGGAUUCGGACACCAAUUCGAAGAAAACGGCAGGCCGUGCCGGUAAGCUAACCGGCGGUAAGAAUGCUAAAAAUGUUCCUCCCAUUCCGCAGCAACCGUCGCUCGCGAGUUUUAAGCAGUCGGACAAGAAUCUGGUGCCGCUGUUCGUGGAGAAGUGCGUUCGAUUUAUCGAACUGGAGGGACUGGAUUCCGAAGGAAUCUACCGGGUGCCCGGUAAUCGGACCCACGUUGAUUUGCUGUAUCAGAAGUUCGAUGAAGAAGUUGAUGUGGACAUCGAGAAGUUAGACAUUCCCGUGAAUGCGGUGGCAACGGCACUGAAGGAUUUCUUUUCCAAACGGCUGCCGCCGCUGUUUGCCGCCGACAUGAUGGCCGAACUGGAGGACAUUGCCGGCUCGCGGCCCCAGCAAGCCAUCAGCAGUCACAAUAUGGACGUGGUGAAAACCGACCGCAGCUGUCGGCUGAUUGCGCUGCGGUCGCUGCUCGGCCGACUGCCGCCGAGUAACUUUGCCAUUCUCAGCUUCAUAUUUCAGCAUUUUGUGAGGGUGUCCGAAAACUCCAAACUAAACAGCAUGGACAGCAAAAACCUGGCCAUUUGCUGGUGGCCAACGCUGCUGCCGAUCGAGUUCACCGACAUGAUGCGGUUCGAAACGAUGCGACCCUAUCUGGAGGACAUCGUCCAGACGAUGAUCGACCAGUAUCCGUUUCUGUUCCGCGGCGAGGAAGCAUUCGUGAUGGUCUGAUGCUGCACUGACGAUCCGGCGGGAAGUGGCUGGACCAACAGUAACCAGCAACAAUAGCAGCAGCAAACGGACGACAAAUGAAUUGUUGAUUAAUUUUUAGUUUGACCCAUCAUCCACGAAAGAUUGUCCGCGCGUUUCGGCGGCGGGCGAAUGGAACUCGAAUGCAUAAAUUAGCGAUACCAUUUUUAGCUAGGCGUUUAGGGACGAAAGAAAAAACAAGAAAAGAAAAAUUGUUGUACAUUUUUGUGUUUGUUUAGCGACUGUGACUUUGCGAAAAUGGGCUUCUUCCGUGAGUUAUUGCGCUUUUUCCCUGGUAGAAACAAAAGCUUUUUGUUGUCUUUCCAUCCCCAGGCUAGUAACGGAAAAGUAGCGCAAAGAAAAAACGCAAUUCGAUCCAACUGAAGCCAAUCCUUUUCGGUCGUCGAUGUGAAUGUGUAUAUUUAGUGCUUUUUAGAUACUCAAAAUGGCUCGGACUAUUUUCGUUUUUUGGAAAAUUUCGCUAUUUUACCAUGCUUAGAAGAAGAAGCCAAGCCCGAAAAACAGGAGCCAAGAGUUUUCGGAACUUGCUACUUACUGUCCCGCAAAUCAAAGCGGGGAGAGAAACCCGGGCAGGAAGAGAAAAUGAAAACAACCAACAUUCUAUUAUAGAUUCAGAGAUAUUUUUAACUGGUUUUUCAGUGUAUUUGAGCAAAAGCAUGCAAACAAAAUAUUUGUAUAUUUACCUGUGUACAUUUUAAGGCAAAACAAGUAAACCAUCAAUGCUCUAAAUAGUGGAACAAAUUAUUAAAACAAAAUAGUAACACGUCUGUAAGCGGUAAGCCUGUUAAGCCAUUAAAUACAAUUAUUGAUAUGAAAGCGAUAAGCUGUAACAAAUAUGUGGUGAUAAAGUGAAAUACUUUUUUGGUAGGUUUUAGUUACUGUACUUUGUGUACUUUUAAGGAAAGAGAAUCGAAACGAACUCAUACUCUAAUUAUACCUGUAAACAUUAUAUACAAACACACAACACAUAAAACUAGGAAUUAUGUGACUGUCUCUAAACGGAAAAUUUAGUGUGUUUUGAAUGCUCCAAUGUUGUAGCAGCAGAAGCACAUAAACGUAGCAAGAAGAACAGAAGACAAGACAACGGAACGGACAAAACGAAACUGCGCUUAAUCAGUGUUGCCAGCAGCUUUAAUGUAUUUAAUUACCUUCUGAUCAUCUGUUGCCAUCGGAACUCUGGGUGUCAAAAGCUUACCGCUGCAUUUCCUUUAAAGUAAUCGCGAAUCGAGACGAGAAAUUCUUUCAACAGUGUUACGAUUACAAUCGACUCUAGUCAAUCCGGAUGUCUAAUGUAUGUUGGAGGCGACGAGACAACCAGAAGAUUUGCCAGAUUUUAUAUCCCCCCUAUGCUUUCUUCUCCCAAGUUUUGCCAAAUUUUAACCCCCCUUCCCAUGAAUCGGCCACCAAUCUCAACCAACCAACCAACUGGAGAGACUAACCAAACGUGCCAUCCCGAAAAGUAUUCGUCCUUUUCUUUUUAGUUGUUUUAUAGUUUUAUAAUGAGUAAAAAUCGCAACGCAAUCCUGCUGCCACGAAACCACGCACUGUUAAACCACAAUCCCACACACUAAAACAACUGAAGGAAAGCAAAAAAAAAAAAAUUAAAAACAAGAAAUGAUUUCAUCAAGCUAAUACGAGCACGUCCCAAAACGCAUUGUGACUAGGUUUAACUACGAAACUACGAAACGCUAACGAAUCUAUAGUUUUAGUUGUCCACACAAUUACUUAUUAUACUCAAAAAACACAAACAAGCAAACAAAACAAAACAAAACGAACAAGAAUAGAGACGCUAAAAGUGAUCAAGUGAGAGAGACAAGGUGAGUAAGUAAAAGAUGCGCUUUUUAUGCAUAUUUUUUUCUAUUUUAAUUUGUUGGGUUUUAUUUUAUUUUAAAGAAACAUUUUAUUAAGCUAUAGCCUAUAUUAGUAUGUGUACGACGUCGAACAACCCCCUCUCCCAGUUAAGCCUACUGUACUGCUCUAGUAGAGUAGACCAGCAGAGGGUGGGAGUGUAAAUGUAAUAAUGUGGUGAGGAAGAUAAUCACCGCGUUCCUUAGAUAGAGACCGUAUUUUUAAACUAGAAAGAAGAACAGAACCCAAAAGUGUAGUAGAAGAAGACAGCAAGUCGCCAGAAGAAAAAAAAAACAGGCAAAUUAAAGACGAAUAAUUUCACACCAACUGAUGGAACAAAACCCAAACACAUAACAUAAAACAAGAGUGAGUUCGAAAGUUUGGCAAAACACCACCCGUUACGGCGCCCGUUACGAAACGGAUCAAUUACUCAAAAAAAAGAGAGAGGAAAAUCUAAACCAAAUAAAAACGGUAUCAUAAUGUUUCGUCAAAACUUAAGCAAAAUAAUGAUGAGUUGUAAACUAGAGAAACUAGCCAUGUGAAGUAACAGGAGUAAAAAAAACCAAUACAAGUGUUAAAUGUGUAAAUGUGUAUAAACAACAAGCAAGCAAGUCGUCAGUUGAACGUUUUUUUGAUCUAAACAUGUAAACGCAAACAACACGUCGCAUUCGACGAAUGCAUAGAUUCAAACAUACAAUACACACAAGCACACAUUUAUCACACUAAUACAAACGAAAUGAAAUUGGGGUUUGGUGGCAAUGGAACGAACGACCGUUGCAGCGUUGGUUUUUGUUUGCUUUAAUACUUUUGUUAUCGACCGCAUAGUAUGCUAUAUCAAGCCAGCAUUGAAAUUAAUGGAAAAUACUGUAAUUUUAAAUUAGCCACGGUAACAGGGACGGUGUGGAAGACUUGACUCGGUCAGCAGAAAAUGGGAUAUCGGAAAUAAAAACAAUAGUUAAAAUAACGGUAUUCUGAAUUACCAGACUGGUUCGACCUAAUCCAAAAUAGGCAAUCGUCUCGAUUCCACGUUCCGUUUGGAGUCAUUCUAUAGCACGCCCCAUGCUCAUCAGAGACCCUUCCGCUCUAUCAUCGGAUACGUCUCGUUUAUCGUAUAUCGUCUCGUACAGAAGACGAACAUCGGUCUCUGCUUUUACAGAAACUUUUAGGGACGUUGGAAUUGUGUAACCUCUAGAACUGCUAGUUCGGAGAACACUAGAGAACGCAGUGGCAUCAGUCAUCUGUGAGACCUAGCAGGGCUUCAUGAAGCACUCGUCAAACACGACUCUUAGCAGCAAGUGUACCUCACAUCACAUUGUUGGUAUCGUCCAGUUGAAGCGCAUAGGCUUUCCGGAUUGGUUCACAGAAUGGCUAACGCAGGGAUGAUUUUGUUGUACCUUCAUACAGUUUUCACAAUAUCAACAAAAUCUUCCGAAUAUGAGCCUCAACUAUGCGGUUACUUCAAGUCAAAAUCUAGUACAGGCUGCCAAUUAACAUUGGUAUUCCCAAGAAACAUUUUUUUAUAUAGUCGGUGUUAAAUCAGACCGGACCGAGUCGCAAAAUUUUAAAAAAUGCAUUAAUGACAGCAUACAAUCAAGAAUCUUCUAAGCUACAUUUUACUCUAAUCAGACUACAUAAAUGUUGCAAACAGCCAGAGCUAUGAGAUGAUUUCGUACAACUGAUAGCUAUGAACCAUACAAAGUUACAGAGCAGCCAACUUUGAACGCGUUUUUCUCAAAAUCAGAAUUUUGCCACUUGGUUCGGUCUGUGACUUAACACCGACCAUAUAAUAGCUAAUCAAGCACUUAUUCCGCGGGUACUAGCUAUACCAUAGUUGAAUAACCUACUCAUCAACAAAUUUUUUUUUGUCGAGUUAACAGUGGCAAAUUGUCUAAUCCAUAAGUUAAUCACCUGCUCAUAACUUUUUUUCAAAAUUGCCUAAAAUUGAACGCUCCCCUCUCAUGAAAAUAAGUACAUGGAAAAACCUUCUUUGUCCAAUCCCGUGUUCUUGAGGGGUUCUGUAGCCGAAAGGUAAUCAAGUCUGUCUUAACAAGCGAGUGGUCGUAGCCUGGAAUCUAAGCAGAAUCAGGCAAAUCGAUAUUAUGCGACUUGAGUAUGGAUUUGUUCUCCGAUGCAUCUACAUCUUUCCUUUACACGGAGUACUGCAUUUACCAUGAACGAUGCCUCAUGCCAGGGCAAGUUAUAAGAGCCCUAAUAGGAGGCAUCUUGGGAGAAAGCGUGCCUAAUUCUGCGCAUUACGGUGUUUCUUGUUCAUGCAAACCAAAGCAUCAUCCAUGGGAAACCCUCUUCCACCUUUUCUACGUGGCUAACAUAGGGCUCUAUACGUUGAGCGACUCGACUCGACUCCGUUACUGUCGAAUGUUGAAUGCGAGGAAAUCGGACAGCAUAGCUGCUCGAUAAAUAACUAAAACAAAGCAAGUGUCAUCCAAGCAGUAGUUGAAACAUCUUCUAUGUUGCUAUUAAAUCUUUUUCAAAUUGCAAAAAACUUCACCGGUUACAGUAU